AAAAUAAAACGCUGUUUUGACCAUGAUGACGUCGAUUUUAUGAGUCUCAGGAAAUCCAAAAUAUUAGGUUGAUCCAGAUGUCUGCAUACCAAGAAAUGGACACUCUUUUCAGAUGAGAAAUAGUAAAUACAUAUAAUUUUAAGAUUUAAUAUACUCUACCUUAUCUGUCGUUGGUCAGUGUUGUCAUCCAACUGUCAACAAUGCUGCCAGAAAGACAAGCCAAGGUAGAACAGCUGAUCCGAAUCAUGGACCACGAGGGGCCUGGAGGGGCGUAUGAACAAGAGUACUGUAUUUGUCGCUCCAAGGACAGCACCCGAUUCAUGAUUGGUUGUGACAAUUGUGAGGAAUGGUACCAUGGUGACUGUAUUGGAGUGACCCAGAAAGAUGCUGAGCAGAUCAAGCAUUUCUACUGUGCAUCUUGCCGAGAACAAGACCAAAGCCUGGAAAUCAAAUACAAACACAAGAAAAGUUCAUCCAAAGAGAAGCACUCUUCCCACAAACAUUCAAGUGACAGAGAAUUCCGAAGCCGAGAUGAUUCUAGCAAUAAAAAGAAAUCAUCGAGGCGAUGCGGUGAGUGUACAGCUUGUCACAGGACAGAGGAUUGUGCAAGAUGCGACUAUUGCAAAGAUAUGAAGAAAUUUGGUGGACCAAACAAAAUCAGACAGAAGUGUAGGCUCAGACAAUGUCUUAAUUUUGGAUUGAACAUGACAAGCAAACGAACAGAAAAACAAGAAUGUGUUCUGACCACAGAGACAGAGUCUAUCAGAACAGAAUACUACAGUGGACCACAUGAUGACGAUGAUUUUAUGGAUGUGGAUGAUGACCCAGAUUAUAGCUCAGAAAACAUUGAGAAAUCUCCUAAGGGAAAGAGAGGAAGAAAGAAGAGCAUGUCAGAGAGUGGUUCUGCUAAGAAGAAGUAUAAGAAACGGGGACGCAAGCACUCACCAGAAAAGAAAACAAAGAAAGCCAAAGAAAAUGCUUCAGAAUUAAAGAGAAAGAGGUCAGAAAUAGAAGAAGUCAGGCAGAGUGAAAUAGAUGAGCCCCGGCAGUGUUUCGGACCAGGAUGUAUCGAGCCUGCUCGAUCGAAUUCCAAAUACUGUUCCGAUGAGUGUGGUCUCAAACUAGCAAAAAGUCGGAUAUAUGAACUCCUACCCCCAAAGAUACAGCAAUGGCAGAGCAGUCCGUGCGUGACGGAGGAGAACAACAACAAGAUGCUGGAGAAAAUACGGCGCGAACAGCUGGAGUGUCGGCAGAAACUGGCGCAGCUGGAUCUCAAACAUCAGGAACUGGACGGAGUCAUCGAACGAGCCAAGAACGUCUCCAUCGCCCCGGAACAAGACGAAAAAGACAAUGAAGAUGAUUUGGAGUUGAGUUUGUACUGUGUUACGUGUGGAGCCGAGUUAAAUCAGAAAGGAGCACUACGCCACAUGGAGAAAUGCUUCUCCAAGUUUGAAGCCCAGACUUCGUUCGGUUCAAUCUACAAGACGAGAAUCGAGGGCAACUCCAUGUUUUGUGACUAUUACAACGCGCAACAGAAGGUUUACUGUAAACGACUGAAGGUCCUGUGUCCAGAGCACACAAAAGAACCGAAGGUGGGACCAGAGGAAGUGUGUGGUUGCCCGCUUGUUAUACAGGUGUUUCAAGAAACAGGAGAGAUUUGCAGGAUCCCUAAGAAGAAGUGUAACAAACAUUACUGCUGGGAGAAGUUACGGAGGGCCGAGAUAGAUCUGGAGCGGGUUAGACAGUGGCUGAAGCUGGACGACCUAUUUGAGCAGGAGAGAAACAUCCGAGUGUCCAUGGCCAAUCGCGUAGGGGUACUGGGGCUGAUGCUCCAUCAGACGGUGGAUCACGAUCCAAUGAAUCCGAUCCGCCCUCCAACCAUGGAAUAACAUCCAAUCCA